AUGCCCUUCCCCACCCCCACAUACACAUUCUCCAUCCCGUCCAUCCACGACCGCCUCCGUCUAGAUUGUCGCAUCUAUCUUCCCUCACAACAACAACAACAAGAGCAGCAGCUCCUCCGCGGAGCCAUUAUCGCGCACCCGUAUGCCCCCCUCGGCGGGUGUUUCGAUGAUCCCGUCGUCGGGUUUGUCGGAGGGGAGCUGUUGAAGGCUGGGUUGGUGGUCGGGACGUUUAAUUUUCGUAGGGGCGCCGGGGAGUCCGAGGGUCGGACCAGUUGGACGGCUAGACCCGAGUUGGCGGAUUAUGUGUCCUUUUAUGUGUUUAUGUUGCUUUAUUUGCAUUUUCGGGGGGGAAGAGGUAUUCAAGACUUCAAUAUGCCGGGGGGAGGUAGGAAAGGAAGUAUCCGGAUUGUUUUGGGAGGGUAUUCCUACGGGUCUAUGAUUGCGUCGCAUCUGCCGAGUUUGGAUGCUAUCGUGGAUCUGCUGCGGAAGAGUUCCUCGGAGACGCCGAUUCAUGAGAUUUAUCAGAUUGCUGAUAAAUUGUCGCUCUGUCUGGGGAAUGAUCAGUUGUCUGCACCGCGGCUGUCGCCUACAUAUCGUCCGGCGACCGUUGAAGAAUUGGGACGAGCUGCAGACGGUAUUGGCCGCGCAGCCAUUUCAUAUCUUCUCGUGUCACCACUUCUUCCGCCGGUCAAUCAGUUCCUGACGCUGUUCUCCAAGAUGUCGCUCGAUGCGGGCGCGCAGACAUCCGCUCAAGGGAGACAGAUACCUUGUCCCAAGCCAGCAGAUCAGCUCUGUGCGCAUGAGACAUUGGCCAUCUAUGGAGACCAGGAUACGUUCACUUCGGCGAGUAAACUAGAGAAAUGGUCAGCCGAACUGGCCCAUGCACCUGAGAGUAGAUUCCAGGCGGUUGAGAUUGAGGGCGCUGGUCAUUUUUGGAGGGAACAUGGGGUUGAGUCUCAGGCGCGCGAGGUUAUCCGGGACUGGGUGUGUCAGAUGGCUUGA